AUGGCCUCCAGCAGCACCGAUGCUGUUGCCGAAAGACCAGCGAAGCUUCAGAGGGUGAAUGCUCUGAGAAGGAAAUUGCCCCAUCUCACAGCCUCGGCUUUGUCCGAAGUUUGCAAAGUUCUCCGGGAGGAGGGUAUACCCAGUGUCGAUUUCUGGGCUCUGCUGCAAGCUGCUAUCUCGGAUGCCGAGAGCAGCUUUGCCCGAUACUUUUGGGGAUGCAUCGAGAAGACUCCCCCGAGCCCCGCCAAGGCAUGGCGGCUGAUCCUUUAUACGGACGAGAUCGUGCCGGGCAAUCCAUUAGCAGUCCAGACGAAGAGGAAGAUAUGGGCUUGCUAUGCCUCGUUCGUAGAACUUGGAUCGUAUACAUUGCAGCACGAGGAGUCCUGGCUUUGCAUAGGAUUGCUCCGAUCGAGCCUGAUGGCCAAGGCCGAAGCAGGUGUCUCUCAAUGGAUCUCGAAGAUCCUGCGAGACAUAUUCAUGCGACCGGCCAACCAUUUGGAGCACGGCUGCAUAUCCUUGCGGCGACCUGCAGGAGGUCAGCCUGUUCUCUUCCGGGUGGUUUUAUCUAUGAUCGUUCAAGACGGUGCUGCCCAUAAAGCUCUAUGGAGCUGCAAGGGGGAUGCUGGGACCCGCAUGUGCAUGCUAUGCAAAAAUGUAAUUGCACACCGAUGUGAUGUCCUGCACAGCAGCGGGCUCCCCGUGGUCGGUUCCUCUGAGAUCCGAGAAAGUAAGCUUUCGCUUGCGACCGACCAAUCCAUCCACGAGGCCAUGGCUAAACUGGCAGAGAAGAAGAUGCUUCUGAAUGCUGCAGAUUUCAGCACGUGGCAGCAAGCCACCGGCUGGACUUAUAAUAGUUCUUCCCUGCUGCAACAAGAGGAUCAACGAUGGCUGGUCCGGCCGGUCUCGCAGUAUUGCCACGACAGCAUGCACACCCUGCUGGUCUCCGGUGUCUUCCAGACAGUGACCUGGCUUGUUUUGGAAGCUUUGCAGAAGCAAUUUCCCAAUCUCUGGGAAAUCGCCGACGAGUACGUGGCCAAGUGGACCCUGCCCCGGAACAUCUCGGCCAAGGCCGAAGGGAUGCUGGGUCAGUCCCGAGCAAAAGCAUGCAAGGAAGCCGAGACCUUUAAAUGCACGGCCUCCGAAGGCUUGACACUGUCUCCAAUACUGGCUUGUUUCUUCAGGCAGCUCGCCAGGGCAAAUGCAAAUGUUGAGGCAGUGCAAGCGAUCCAAUGUUUCUUGCAGCUGGACAAACUCGUGGCAUGCUGCCAGAGAGCUCGGACUGAGGGAGCGGUUUCGCCCGCCCAGAUGAGAAAGCACGUUUCCGAUUUCUUGGAAUCGGUGCAUGCUGCAGAGUGGCAGGACCGCAUGCACUCCAAGUUCCAUUGGCUUCUGCACUUCGGCUCGCACCUGGAAAGGACAUCAAGAAGACUUCUGCUUACGAGCAGGGUCUUCUCCGAGAAGUUCUUGGACAAGAACUAUAUUGCUUGGCAAGAGCUGAUUGGCAACCCUACAGUGUUGUGCAUUCCAUUUCUUCUCUGGUUUGCGAUGACCUCGUGGGGGAGUGCUCCUGCAUAG